GAACGCAUGAACGGCGCGGCAUGCCAGUCUUCAAACGCGCUUCUGGAGGUGUGAUCGCAACACAAAGGUGUCUGCUGCGGAGAAGGCUUUGGCUUUCUCGCGUGUUUCUUGUGUGAGUGCAACUAGAAUGAACUACAUCUCGUCAGCGUCAACUUAACCAUAGGCCCGCAUCUCUCAGAAAAUGAUAUCAACUGCGUUGUCAUUCGUUCUCCUGUUCUUGUGGGGCGUCAGCUGCCAACGAGACUCGGACAUCACUGUUCCAACAACCAUCGGACGAGUGAGAGGUAUUCUUGUCCCUACGACAGCCGGACCUGUGCAUGCCUUCCUGGGAGUCCCCUUUGCAGAGCCUCCAGUAGGCCCUGCUCGUUUCAAGAAGCCCCAACCAAAGAAGCCACGGACAGGAGUACUCGAUGCCACGUCAUAUCCACCAAUGUGCCCCCAGCAUCCUAUACAGUUCAACAACUACUACUUGGUGAAGAAUAGCGAUCGAAUUUCGGAGGACUGUCUUUUCCUUAAUGUUUUUACUCCCAUCAGGCGCGAAAAAUCGCUGAAACCCGUUGUCGUUUAUAUUCACGGAGGCUUCUUUUUAUACGGUGGAAUUUCGAUGAAGCUCCACGACGCCUCAGAACUAUCAGCCAGAGAAGACCUCGUUGUCGUUACCAUAGCGUACAGGCUUGGCGCAUUUGGAUUUCUUAACGUGGGCACUGAAGAUGCCCCAGGUAACAUGGGCCUUCAUGAUCAGAUCCUCGCACUGAACUGGAUAAAAAGCAACGCCAGGGCUUUUGGUGGAGAUCCUGACCUCAUAACUCUCGUUGGUCAAAGCGCAGGAGCUUUCUCCGUUGGUAUUCACUUGAUAUCUCCAAAAAGCAAAGGCCUCUUCAAACGCGCGAUUAUGCAGAGCGGAAGCCCCUUCACAAGCACGCUCGUGAACAGCAAUGACGAUGCGGCCUACGGAGCGGGUGCGCUGGCGAGGGCUUUGAACUGUCCUAUGCCAAUGAUGAUGAUGCAAGGCGGCGGUGCCGAUGCAAUGCUUAAGUGCCUCCGCUCCAAGGAUGUUGAUUCCAUACUGAACGCUACGGCAAGCUUCACGAUCGAAGGCCUGGACGGUUUCCUCCCCGUGAUAGGCGAUGAUGUUAUACCCGUGAAACCUGCACUUGCCUUGAGAAGCGGAAAACUAAACGCUCGCGAGCUACUGGCCGGCAUAUCGGAAGCCGAAGGGGACGGACUCAUUCACUUUAUGGCGAAGAAAUUCUACAACACCAAAGACGCCGACGAAGUGAGGAAAGACUCCAUGAUUUUUGUUGCAAGAGGAACAAUGAUAACGCUCUUAGGGAUCGAUUCCAAGCGAGCAAUAGACCGCUACUUCAGUGGUUCACAGGUGCAGGGCGGUACGAAGGCUCUCCACGCAGCAGCCGACCUCAUCGGUGACAGCCAGCUGGGAUGUCCGACGGUGGGCUUCGCCAAGAGAUUCGUGAGCCCCGACACGAGGGUUUUCAUGUAUAAGCUUUCGCAGCAGCCAUCUAGGAUAAACUGGCCAAAGUGGGUUCGGCCGACUCACGCGGACGAAAUCGCGUUCGCUUUAGGAUCCAUCUUCAAGCUGGAUCCACAGAUCUCGCUGAGCGAUGUCAGAGCUGCCGAAAACUUUAUGCACAUCAUUUCGACCUUCAGCCGUACAGGAGUUCCACGCGUCAGAGACAAGACCUCAUGGCCAAAAUUUGAUCAGCAGCAACGAUACAUGAACAUCGAAAGGCAGGGAAACUUUCCCGGCAAGAACUUGCUUCAUUCUACGUGUGAUAUGUGGGAAAGAGUUCGUCCUUACGAAUAAGCUGGCCCAGCACUUGCUCUUGGUCACAAAUAAAUGUAAUAAAGCGUCCUAAUGUGAA